UCAGUGUUCCUGGAUCUGAGCAGCAUAUUAUUAUUUAUCCAUUUCCAGCCACUGUUGUUCCAGUCAACAGAGCAGUGCAUGUCUGUUAUGGAUCUUCAUGCCAUGUUUCACAUCCAUGAAAAGAGCGCCCAGCAAAAACUAUUGCAGCAAGAAUCUAAUCCGAACCAGAAGCAAAGAGAACGCAUUUUUAGACCACGGAUAUCCCUUUUUGGAUUAAACGAAGACGAAGUUAGAUCUAGGUAUCGCUUUAGCACAGAGGUUAUCCUUGAGUUAUAUGAACAGAUCCAGCAGGACAUAGAGCCAAACUGUGAAAGAAAUCAUGCUGUACCAGGAAUGGUAAAGCUGCUAAGUGCUCUCCAUUACUUUUCUUCUGCAUCGUUCCAGGGUACAGUGUCGGCUCUCUCUGGCAUAUCCCAGCCUAGUUUCAGCCGCCAUUUAACACAGGUCCUAAAGGCCAUUAACAAAUUAACAACACAGUACAUUGUCUUCCCAUCAGAUAAAACAGCUAUACAAACAAUUAAAGAUGGGUUUUAUAAAAUGUCAUCUUUUCCUAAUGUCAUGGGAAUAAUUGACUGUACACAUGUUGCGCUGUCUCCUCCAACCGAAGAUAUUUACAGAAACAGUAAGAAUUUCCACUCAUUAAAUGUCCAGAUGGUGUGUGACUCUGACAUGAGGAUUCUUAAUUUGGUAGCAGGGUACCCUGGAUCCACCCAUGAUUCCUAUAUCCUAAAACAUUCCAGUUUACAUGCAAUUUUGUCUUCCGGAAACCUUCCAGAGGGUUGGAUUUUGGGUGAUGAUGCGUACCCAUUGACCGAGUGGAUGUUGACCCCAAUAAAAGACCCUAAAACCAAAGCAGAAAAGCAGUACAAUGCCGCACACAAAGCCUCUCAUUCAGUCAUUGAACGCACUUUUGGGUCAUUAAAAAGUCGCUUCCGUUGCCUUGACAGAUCUGGAGGUGUCCUACAGUAUUCUCCAGAAAAAGGAGCCCAGAUUAUCUUGGCAUGCUGCAUUCUGCACAACUUGGCUGUCAGUCGAAAGCUGGAUGUGGAUAUUGUCGAUGAUCUGGAAGUACCGCCUCCUGUGCCACCAGUUUCAAAAGAUGAGAACACACAAGCUGGAAAACGGAUCCGAAGUAAAGUGAUCACCAGAUACUUUACAUGAAAUUUGGAUGUGGUAAUCUCUGGCAUUCCUUAUUAAUAAUUUUGGCUGUCUACACUCUCCACCUGAAGUCCAUGGACCAACAGUGUCUGUGUCUUGACUCCAUCCUGCAUAGAUCUGUAUAUCCGACACACGUGUUUAGGUCUAGUGGCCACAUCACUCAUUUUCCCUCCCCUAACAUCACAAGUAUGCAUAAGCUUGGUUAUCUUUUAUUUAAAGAGUAACUGCACUUUGUAAAAAACGUUUUGAUAUUUCAUUGUGACUUUUCAAUGGAUUUAAUUGUUGGGGGUAUGAGCGCUGAUCACUAAAACGAGGAGUAGAAAGCAUUCAACUGAGCGCUUUCUAUCCUCACUGCCGAAGAUGGCCUUCAUUUUAGCAGUGCAUGGACCCUGACCUUGGACAGCAUGCACUGGGUUUGAAUCCAACCAAAGACGACAUCUGCAUGGAGUUUGUAUGUUCUCCCUGUGUUUGCCUGGUUUUCCUCCAGGUACUCCGGUUUCCACCCACACUCCAAAAACAUAUACAGAUAGGGAAUUUAGAUUUUCCUAGAUGGUGGCGGGAAUGGACCUCUCAGGGCUGAGCUACCAAAAUGAAGUUGUUGUAUAACUACAAUGACAAUAAUAAAGUUUCUUUCUUCAGAAUCAGAACCUUUUUACAUGGUGCAGGUACAUUUAAGUAUUUUAGUGACUUAUACAUUUUUUUUUUACUAAUCCUAGAUGGAGUAAGCUUAGCCAGGCUGUUUAGACCUGCACCAGAGUUAUCACACGAGAUCAGGCUGGAUGAUAAAUAUGGUGCAGGGAUAGACACUUUUCUCUGACUCUAUACCAACCAUUGGUUGGCCUACUUUGAGGCAAAUUUUUUAACACUAGAAUUGUGGCACAAAAUGGCGCAUACUAGGUCCACCCUCCUUCUGCAAAUCAUUCCCCCUUGUUGAUCAUGUCAGGGGAAAAAUGUGUAGAAACCCAAGGUGAACCAAAUUGCGCCAAUUAGUGCCUCUUUUUAGACAGAUGUUUGGCACAGACACAUUAGUGAGGUCACGAUUUCUACUUCAGGUUUCCACUUUAUUUCAUAGUGCAUUCAUACAAGUAGGAACUAGAGCACUUGUGUUCCUGAAGCUUGCCUGAGGAAAUUGCUUGUGUCUGUCUGAUACUUUGCAACCCAAGCUUUGCAGAACCUACUGUAUUAAACAUACUACAAUUGUCACAAAUGAAUAGUCAGACACUAAACGGACGCAGUUGAUCCUUUACUACCUGGAUCAAAUUGUAUUAUCUAAGUGAAAUUGUAUAGCUAGAUAUAUGUUAAUACUUAGUUUAUUAUAAACUGUUUCCAGUUCUCCUUCCCACAUGCUGAACUUCUAUAUGUCAAUGCACAGGGUCUUUUCUUAGAAGACAUUGUCUGCCACGCCACGUAGUUUGGGUAAUGAGUGCCAUUACUGACCAUUAUAAUGUUCUAGUAAUGUCCUAUACACCUCAGUGUAUGCUUAUGUUGUCAACACUUGUACAUAAAGUUUUGUCAAAAAAAAAUAAUUGUUGCCUCUUCUUACUGAUGUAUGAUUUACCCGUUCAGGAAUGGCAGCUGGAAGCCCAUUGUCUGAGACCGUUUUUUACAGUUCAUGCCUUCCCUAUCACUCAUUGAGCAAUCAGGAAGUGGAAAUGUCACUUCCAACUCGGGGUCCUAGCGAUCAUGUGAUCACUGGGGGCUGGGUAACUGAACAAGCUGCUGGGAUCAGCUCUGCAGUCAGGCUGCAUACGUUAUACAGCUGCAUUUCAAUGUCUGUAUUACCUCCACAAGUCCGGCCCGACCACAGGUAUAAUGACCUAAACUUACAGCAGCAUAGAUCUCCCC